UCUGCCACCUGCUACUUCUCCUCUUCCCCCUCCACCCCUCCCCCCAAAAGCGGAGCCCUUAGAAAUGGAAAGCGACGAUGACCCUUUGGUGCAGCCACUGUGGGUGGAGGAGGAAGAUGAGGAGGGGGAGGAAGGUGAGGGCCACCUCGGGGGAGAGAGAUCCUGCUGUAAAUGUCACUGCAGCUCGAAAAGCUUGGCGUUUGAGCUGAGACGCAGAGGGUUUUGGGGGAUUGUUGGCUGGAUAUUCACGAACCCAUCCUGCGCCGCCUUCAUCCUGGUGGUUGGUUGUGUGAUCCCAGCGAUGCUGAUCCUCGUCAUGUUGAUGCACUGCUCCACGCUGGACAUCGACAUCUCCUACAAUGCCUUCGAGGUGAGGAACCAUCAGUCCACGCAGCGCUUUGACGCCCUGACACUUGCCCUGAAGUCCCAGUUUGGGGCAUGGGGCAGGAGCAGGCGGGACCUGGCUGACUUCACCUCCGCCUUGUUGGACAAACUCUUGACCGAGGAGUUGCUGAGAUCCCGCGGCAACGCCUCCCAAUCGAGCAGCGGGGCCAGCACGACGCAGGGACCCGGCGGAGGCAUGGUGCGGAGAGGGGCUGAGGCGCCAGCGGUUUUGGUGGUGGACGAGACCCACGUGACGGGACACGGGACCAGGCGGGCGAGGGCAUUGCCACGGUUUAACUUCCCAAACAGCUACGUGAACAGAGACACGCAGAGCCACGCCCUGUGGCGGAUGGAGCUGGUGUUCCUGGCCAGGGGGGAUGAGGAGAAGAACAUCUUCACCAAAGAGCGUCUGCUGACCAUCCACGAGGUGGAGAGGAAGGUGAUGGACCACCCCAGGUUUCGGGAGUUUUGUUGGAAGCCUCACGAGGUCCUUACAGACAUGCCUCUUGGGCCUUACUCCUACUGCUCCCCCCCCAGCUCGCUCCUCACCUACUUCUUCCCCACGGCACAAGGGGGACGCAUCUACUACGAUGGGAUGGGCCAGGAACUCGCUGACAUCCAGGGUUCGCUCCAACUGGCCAUCACCCACCCUGAGUUCUACUGGUAUGUGGAUGAGGGAAUGACCUCAGAGAACAUGAAGAGUUCACUGCUCCGGAGCGAGAUCCUGUUCGGAGCUCCGCUUCCCAGCUACUACUCAGUGGACGAUCGAUGGGAGGAACAGCACAAGAAGUUUCAGGAGUUUGUGGUCACCUACGUGGACCUGUUAGCCACGCAGUCCACCAAGGAGGUGAAGGUUCUGUAUGGGGGCACGGAUCUCUUUGACUACGAAGUAAGACGGACUUUCAACAAUGACAUGUUGCUGGCCUCCAUCAGCAGUGGAUGUAUUGCGGUCGUUGUGUACGUCCUCACCUCCUUCUCAGCAUUUCUGACUUUCUUUGGGAUCGCGAGCAUUGGCCUGAGCUGCCUGGUGUCCUUGUUCCUGUACCACGUGGUCUUCGGGAUCCAGUACUUGGGCAUUCUGAACGGAGUAGCUGCCUUCGUCAUCGUGGGCAUCGGUGUGGACGAUGUGUUUGUUUUUAUCAACACCUACCGGCAAGCCAGUCACCUGGCAGACGCCCAGGACAGGAUGGUCCACACCAUCCAGACCGCCGGCAAGGCCACCUUCUUUACCUCCUUCACCACAGCCUCUGCCUAUGCCGCCAAUGUCUUUUCCCAGAUCCCGGCUGUUCAUGACUUUGGACUCUUCAUGUCGUUGAUAGUCACGUGCUGCUGGGUGGCUGUGCUGUUCCUCAUGCCGGCCGCACUGUGUAUCUGGAGCCGUUACCUCUCACCACUGGAGCAGUUCUGCCACUCCAGCUGCCAGCAAAAGUGCCGGAGGAAAGGCACGGUGUCUUCCGAAGAGUGUGACUCCUCACUCCUCAUCACAGACCAGGACUCGCUGCAGUACCUGGAUGACGAUAUUCCUCUUCUCUCCGUUGAAGAAGAAACGGCCUCUCUGAAUGCCGGGGAUGUGCCUUUGAUCUCAAUGUUGCCGGAGGGAACGGUAGCUGGAGAUGGGAGUCAGUAUCCUGGGCUGCUGAUCACAAGAUUUCAGGGAUUUCUGCAUCACUACAUCGCACUCCCCGCAGUGAAAGGCAGGUGGAUCAUUUCAGGUGUUUAUAUCGUGGUCCUGGUCCUGUCCAUUGUAUUUGCCAUCCAGCUGUGUCCAGCUAGCCGGGCACCUCUGCUCUUCAGCCCUGACACCAACAUCCAGGUACUUCUGGAUCUGAAGUAUAACCUCAGCGCCGAGGGCAUCUCCUGCGUCACCUGCUCAGGCUUGUUUCAGGAGAAGCCUCAGCCUCUUCUCAACAACAUCCGGGCAACAUCGGCCAAAACCAAACGCUGGAAAGACUUGCCCUGGGGAGAGAAAGCAGCCACCCUACCCACCGCGAGUCCAGAUGGUGCUACGACUGUUUAUGUGAGCAUGUAUGACAGCGAUGUGCGGCCAGCUGUCUACAGGUUCUCUCUCGACGCCUCCAUCCCCUACCCCUGGCGACCACCGGCAACACGGAAUGGGGAGGUGCCCUCCUUCAAAGUCUACAUGGCGCCAUCCGGUAACUUCACCAAGAAGCUGACGGUGUGUACGUCCAGGCUGGGGCUGCCCAGUUACCGUUGUCCCAGGAAGUGGAUGAUCACGCUCUCGUCAACGUGCAAUGGGAGGAAGGGCUGGAAAUUUGACUUCCAUUUCUACGCGGCAGCUACAAAACAACUUCACACUCAGAAGCUGUAUUUCGCCCAAAUGCGGAAGAGUCCAUUCCACAGUCGGGUGUGUCUGGCACCCCCUGGCUGUAUUCUGAGUGCUGGACCUGAUGGCCCUAAUCAAGGAUCGUUCUAUGUCCCCUACGAGAAAGCUUUCUCGUUCUUGCACAAAGAGGACUCGUCUCCGACCUUUGACUUCAACCCCUGCGUGGACGCCAGCUGUGGGAAGCCAGCGGUGCGCCCCCUGGUGGACACGGGAGCCAUGGUCUUUGUGGUGUUUGGGAUCCUGGGCGUCAACCACACCAGGAGACAGGACAACCAUGUUAUCGGGGACAUGGGCAGUGUGAUCUACGAUCAGAGCUUUGACCUGUUCAGAGAGAUUGGGAAUCUGUGUAAGAUCUGCAAAGCAAUCAGCAGCAAUUCUGAGCUGGUGAAGAUGGGAGGAGCUCAGUGCCUGCCCUCAGGUUACAGUGUUUCUGCCUUCUUGCAAAUGUUACACCCGGAGUGUAAGAACAUUCCGGAGCCCAACCUGCUUCCCGGGCAGCUCUCCCACGGUGCCAUCGGAGUAAAAGAUGGCAAAGUCCAGUGGAUUUCCAUGGCCUUCGAGUCUACCACCUACAAAGGGAAGUCUUCCUUCCAGACCUACUCUGACUACCUAAAGUGGGAGACGUUCCUGCAGAAGCAGUUGAUCCAGUUUUCGGCGACCUCGUCACUGCAGCAUGGUUUCCAGACAUGUGAACACUGGAAGCAAAUCUUCAUGGAGAUCAUAGGUGUCCAGAGCGCUCUGUACAGCCUGAUCCUCUCGCUGGUCAUAUGCAUCGCAGCCGUGGCCAUCUUCACCACCCACCUGAUGCUCCUCCUGCCCGUCCUGCUGACCAUCCUGGGUGUCAUCUGUUUGGUGGUUGCCAUUAUGCACUGGCUGGGAUGGGAAAUGGGCGCAGUGGAAGCCACCUCACUGUCUAUCCUAGUGGGCUCCUCCGUGGAUUACUGUGUCCAUCUGGUGGAAGGCUACUUGCUGGCAGGAGAGCACCUUCCGAUCACUGAGACUGGCGACAAGUGCAGAAAGGGGCAGUGGAGGACACUGGGCGCGGUGCGGCACGUCGGUGUGGCCAUUGUCUCCAGCGCCAUCACCACGGUGAUUGCCACCAUCCCCCUCUUCUUCUGCAUCAUCGCUCCCUUCGCCAAGUUCGGGAAGAUUGUGGCUCUGAAUACGGCCGUGUCCAUCCUGUACACACUGACCGUCAACACCGCGUUGCUCAGCAUCCUAGCUCCCGGCGACUUCCGUCGGUCCCGCCGCUCCUUUGCCAAGGCACUGCUGGGCGUGGUGGCUGCAGGCCUAACCGGGCUGGGCGUCUGUCUAGUGCUGGUCAAACUGGGAAUCAAGAUCCCUCUUCCCAACGGCUCCACGCUGUAGUUUCACUGGGAACUUUUAUCUGUGACACUAUAAUACAGAAGAAGAGACAAAACCAUCAGCACAAUACAAGGGUCAGGAUCCUCGCCUGGUUUAUUUGGUUUUGUGGAAGCGAGCGCUGUCUCAGUUGAUAUGUACUUUCGUUUGUUUCUCUUGCGAUUGCCACUGGCUUUCCCAGUCAUUCAGAAAGGACUUCUAUCCCAAGACUUCCUCAUGCACCACCCCCAAAUGUCAGGAUGAACCCUUGUGUGUGAAGAUGGGGGCAACAGGGCCCAGCCAGUGUGUUAAUCGUUGACCAUCCCUCACAUCUAUUGGAGACACGUCACUGGAACCAUCACAAUGAUUGCAAUCAGAAACUGGAAAGAGGACUUAUUACCACACCAGCCAAACUAACCAAUUAAGUUGUCAAGAGUAAAGAUGGUUCCCCACAGGUUGCUCCAGCACUGCCCCCCCC